AUGGGUUACCAGUCCGCCCCGAGCGCUAACCCAGCCCCCAACCCGGGUUACAAUUACCGAGGGGAGGGGAGUUACCCUCAGCAUAUCCAACCAACGUCCCCCCAGUUCGGAGCCUCGCAGGGUAGUACUUAUUUUGGAGCAAACCGCCAGCCUUACCAGCAGAAUUACCAGCAAACUUUCCAACCUAGGGAGCAUCAAGUUCCAGAUUACCAGUCACCCCAUGCGUGGAACGGCCCAUCUCAGCCGUCCAGUCCUUCCUACCUGCAAUCUCAGCCGUCAGUUUCGCCCUACCUGCAUUCCCAGCCGUCGAUCGCAGCCCCCGACUACAGCCACCCAUUUGCGGUCAACCUUAACCCCCUGUUUGGAAACGGUCACUCAGCAGGGGUAAUGCAGACGCCAGCGAGCCCGCGGCUCAACCCGCUUUACGCUUCCCCUGACCAACAGACCUUGGUAACCCCUGGUCAGUUCUUCCUUAACCAGUCCCAAACCCCCUUCUUAACCCAGUCCCAAAACCUGGGCCGGCAGCAGACGCUUCCACCCGCUCUAACCCGGCCAUCGACAGGGGUGCUCCCGAGUUACCUCGGGUCCAGAACGGGGUUGGUUCGUAACCCGCGGGGUAACCAGAUGGGGAUCGAGCUCGGGCGCGUCGGAUCUGCUGACAUGGCGAAAUCGACGGUCAUGAUGCAGCUGCUGGCGGCGCAUCACGAAUCGCUCGGGCAGAGGGACGCGGUCAGUGCACGGCACGAGGAACUAGAGCGGCGGCAUUACGAGCUCAUGAAAGCGCAGGCGAGGCUCGAGGUGGAGCGGGAGGGGGGUGGUUCGCCCAGGCGAAACAGGGGGGGGAGCGGGAAGAGCCGGAACAGGAAGGAUCUGGGAGUCGAGAAGCGGUGCUUGGUGUCGACUCGAUUGUGUGUGAGGCUCUCGGUUCUGGAGCAACGGCUAGCGACAGCUCUGCCUGGCCCCCCCCAGUCGUCAUCUCACCCGAGCUCUUCCCGCCAAGAACCGGCGACGAUUCACCACCGGCCGCAACAGUCCAAUGAAUCUCCCAACUAUACCACACCAAAGCUCCCACUAACUGACAGCCCAAAACCAAUAAGCGACACGAGAUUGAGCCAACCUCACGAACCCCGAACACUGCCCUUGGAUAGAAGCCCACCCCACGAGGGGGGUCCAGAGAACCUCAGGACCGAGCCCCUUGAAAAUGGAGCCGGAGUCAGCUCACACGGGAACGGUGCGAAUGAAGAUCCCGCCCCCCGAGAGAUUCUCGGGGGGCUGGUUAUCGCUCCGGGGGGGUGCCGGGAAGCGCAGGACGAGGGGUAUGCUGCCCUGUAUUACGUGUACAUGGCGUUUCUGCUUGGACUUGCGGCGUACUGUAUGGUAUUCGCUGGGGCUCUCAAAGGAGCGGAUUCCGGUCACCCGGGGGCCUGGUACCGUGAGGCGGGGUACAUGCUCGCGAGCGCCGCCGGGGAGGCCCUGCUUCUGGUCGCGUUUCUGCUCGCGCUCGCGCGCGCGUUCCACGGCGCUGUCGUCAUGGUGGUCGUCAUCGUGCCGUCGCUGCUGAGCGCCCUCGGCGCGGGGGUGCUGCUGAGCAGGCAAAUGUGGGUGCCCGGAGGACUGAUGUGCGGCGUCCUUUUGGCGACCUUGCUGGGCAUCUUCCUGGCGCGAAAAGGCCUUUCCUUCGCCGGCGCCACCUCCGGGGUCGCCUUCGACGCGAUGCGCGAGCGGUGGGGGACAGUCAUCUUCUGCAUCUUUACGGCCAUUCUACAGGGUGUCGCCACCCUUUGCCUUCUCAUCGAGGUGGUCAUCUGCGUGCGGGGCCUUGGCUGGGCUGCGACCAUCCCCUACAUCAUGGGCUACCUUUGGACUCUCUCGGUCGCCGCAAACAACGUCCAUUUUGUAGUGGGCGGCUCCGUAGCUGCUUGGUGCUCCGCCGAACCCCUCGUAAGCCUCGCUCAGCCGACGCGCGACCGCGAGCGCGACGCGGCGGGCCGCGUCGCUCCUGGGUCACCACAGCAAAGCCGGAGGUUUAGAGAUCCCGCGGGUUCCGGCCAAACCCAGUCUGGUUUAGCGGUGGUUAUCGGAGCCAAUGUCGGCGCCAAACCCGAAGGCGAAGCGCCGCGAGUUCAGGGGUGGGUGGAAGCGAAGGGUUUGGAGGUUUCGGCCGCGCGGCCGCGUCGCAAGGUGGCGGGCACGCCGUCGUUCGUGAAGUGGGCGAUCACGAAGUCGGCCGGGAGCGUCUGCGGUGGCGUCAUCGUUGACGUCAGCGUGUGGCUGGUCGACUGGGCGGUGUACAUCCUCGGCUUUUUGUGCUGUUGUUGCACGUUCUGCUGCGGCGACAGCUCCGCUUUCCACAUGCGCGACUGGGCAAAGGAACGGAGCAACAGGUUCGGGCUAGUGCGGUGCGGGAUGAGGGGCACGACUUACGUCCAGUCAAGCAAGGACGCGUGGCGGUUUGUCAAGGCAUCUGCAUCUCACGCCAUGGCCGAUGGUGACGUCAUGCACCACGUGGUGUUCCUGGGCUCCCUGUUCGGCGCGCUGCUCCCCGGGUGUCUCACCGCGCUCUGGGCUAGGAGCAACCACGGGGGGGACAACGAGCUGGUCAUCUUUGCAUUUAUAGCAGGGUUCCUGCUGGGAUACGCUAUCGUCCAACCGUUGUUCCACGCGCUGUCCUCCGCCGCGGCCGCCAUUCUCCUGUGCGCCAUGGAAGAUCCGCUGCAACUGGAGCGGAACCGGAAUCCGCUCUGCGCAGAGCUGAAAGCCGCCUGGUCCAAAACUUGGGGCCGCACUCCGUGGGACGACCUCAUACUGAGCACGCGCGUCGCGGCCGCGUCGCGCGAGUCGGGCGCUAUCGCAAAUCCUUGGGCGGUCACCGAGAUCUGGGGCGCGGAACACGUGGCGCAAGGAGAGGGCGUACACGUGGCGCCCAGAGAGGGGAGCGAUGACGGCAGUCCGCAUCCGGGAUCGCGACCAGGGAUGGUUCGUGAUAAUCAAAAGCUCGUGGUUUACGAGCCGGCAAUCUUCCCUGCCCACCCGCCCGCUUAUCCGGAACCGCCGGAGUCAUUCCGAGUUUCUCAGUCGCAACUAGGAUCGGGGUCUUUUACCGGGCAACCGGGGAAGCACAGCGAAGAUUCGACCAAACAUGACCAAGGCCAAGUAGAAGAACCGAGCUUUUCGAAGGCGGCUCACAGUCCUUCUAAGCAGGAGGUGGAAAGCAGGGGCCCUACAAACGGAUCGAACCCAAUCCGGCCGGAUGCCGCUAACCAGAACGGUCCUGGUCAGAAUAGCAGUCCAGCGGAAGGAACGGUCGCCUACGGAAGCGGACGACCAAAGGGUUCUGGCAGUGGCGAGGACAUCUUGGCCCGAACGAUCGGCAAGAUCAAAGGGGUUGGCUUCGAAGAAGAGGACAUCAAAUGGGUGAAGGGGGGCAUGGAUAACGGCGGGCAACUGCCCACGGAAAACUUGACCGGAAUGCCGGAACAACAAGUUGGAAAAGCACCGGAAAGACACGUGAGCGGGGCAGAGAGUCUUAUGUCGAGAACAAGCGCAAAGGAGGGCGAAGAGAAGGGGAGUACGCCACAAAAGGCAGAAGCAUACGGAAGCGCAGAGCGGAACGGAACGCGAGGACCGGUGCCGAGCGGGACGGCUGCGGCCAGCGUUCCGUCCGGGGCCCGCGCAACGGAAAAGUCUGAACCGCAAGAAGCGAAAGUGAAGGGAACGACUGGAGGGACCGUUCAGGGACCCCAAUCUGUUAGCAGUUUUGGGGCCAGCGUUCCGUCAGGGGCCAGCGGAACGGAAAAGCUUGAAUCGCGAAGAGCGGAAGCCAAGGGAACGACGAGGGGGACCGUUCAGGGACCCCAAUCUGGUGAGAACUCUGGGGCCAGCAUUCCGUCAGGGGCAAGCGCAACGGAAAAGCUUGAGACGCGAGGAGCGGAAGCGAAGGCGGCGACUGGGGGGACCGUUCGAGGACCGCAGACUGACAGGACAGCUGUAGGCAGCGUUCCGUCAGGCGCAAGCGCAGCGGAAAGGUCUGGACCGCGAGGAGCGGAAGCCAAGGGAACGACGAGGGAGACCGUUCAGGGACCCCAAUUUGUUGGGACCUCUGGGGCCAGCGCAACGGAAAUGUCCGGGACGCCAGGAGCGGAAGCGAAGGGAGCGACCGCAGGAAACGUUCGGGGACCCCAGACUGACAGGACAGCUGGAGGCAGCGUUCCGUCAGGCGGAAGCACAACGGAAAAGUCUGAAACGCGAGGAGCGGAAGCAAAAGGAGCGACCGCGGGAUCAGUUCGGGGACCGAACAGUGACAGCAAACUGCCGCUCGUAAUUGACGGGAACGUGAGAGGAACAGCAGGGACGGGCGGGCAAUCUGGGACGGAACCGAGCAGAAUUGCAAGAUCUGGACCGGAAAGGGGUGAAAAGACCGGAAAAGGGGUUUCGUCUGUGAUGGAUGCGGAGGGAAGUAGGACGGCGCAAAAGGGUGGCACAGCGGCAGUGCGCGAAGUUGACAGUAGAAGCGGGAGCGGAGCCCAGACCGGAUUUCAGACCGGGAGCGGAACAACUAGCAGCGGCGGAACUUCCGAGAGCAAGGGUAACCAGGGGGAAGGGCCUUCGAGCGUCAGCGGGAAGGAAGGGGCGAAGAGCGCUGGAAAUGUGAAGGCUGGCUCAAGGGAAAACGAGCCAGAACGGAACUCUGGGAAGGAAAGCGGAAGCGGAAAGUCUGGUGUGGCCGAAGCUGCACCAGUUGCGAGGGCAGGAACCGGGGGGUCAAGUUUCAAGGUGAAAGACGCGCUCAAAGACGAGAGUGCGCGGGAAGACAAGGGCAACGGUGGGGGCGUUGACCAAAGUCGAAAGCCGGGGAGCGGAUCAGCGGAUACCGUUCCUUCCGCCGGAAUGAAUCAGCCCAUCCUUGGGACAGGGCCUAAGAGCGCGGAAAACGGAAAAGCAGGACUCCCUGGCGUCCAACCAACCGUAACGGAAGCAUUGAAGGAGGGCUCGAUUUCCAAAAAGAUCGACGAUUCCAAUCCAAACGGCAAGCCGAGUCUGCAAAAGGGCUCUAGCAAAGUCGAAGAGUCGCCGCGUAAGAAUCUGCCGGACGUAAGCAAGGUGGAGAAAGUAACGGGUCUUGGCAAGGAGGACGAGGUGCCACGUGGCAAGCUGGCGGGGCAAAAGGACGAAGUGACGCCCCAGGGGACACGUGUCAAGCUGGCAGACCUGCAGCCGGUCCGGCCCAAAGGCGUUCCGCUGGAGGGCGGUUCCGUCCAAGGCGCUUUGCAGCCGGAAAAGGAUGCGGCUCCGUUGAAGGCUGGGCCGAAGGACGAUGUUCCACGUAAUAAUGCGAAGUAG